AUGGCCGGCGAUGGAGGCCGGGACUACACUGACGAUCUGAACCAGCCGCUGCGGCGUACUUUGGUACUGGGGGCGAUUUUCCUGGCUGCCAACAUCUACGCUUUCUCUCCCAUCGUUUCUCCGGAGGCUCGGAGACUAAAAGUGUGCGUCUACGACAAAGAGUACGAGCGCCAGUUCAUAGCUGACCCAACCAGGAAUACCCAGGGCCUCACUCUGCUGCAGGACCAUGGAGCGGGGUAUGCCUUGAAGGACCCUUCAGUUCCUGAAGCCACCAUGUGCGUGGCCGCCACCGCAGCGGUGAAUUGCACCGAUUGCUGGCAGGGUGGGUUUGCCCAUGAUGAGGUCUGCUGCCAGGAGUGUCCAGCUCAGUGCUCAUCAGGUCAAUGCACCAUGAUGCAUUCUCAGGGCUACAAGUGCUAUGACCCCAAGAAGGAGGUUGUCUGUGACCUUGGUACGGGGCACCUGGUCUGCGAGAAGGAUCAGGUGUGUCCCUCCGCGGGACCCACCUGCAGUGGCGGCCCCGUGAAGGGCUGGGAGUGCCUUUCCUGCCCUGAAGGGCAACGUCCAGACGAGUCCCACUGCCGCUGUGUGUCGGCGCAGCGAGCGGCUGAUCACGUGGUUGAUGUGGGAAAUCGUGCCUGUCCGGCAGACACAACCCCGCUGACUUCUAGCGAGGAAGAGUGCGCAGCUGCUGCCGAGGCAGUUUGGCCCGGCCGUGGCUGCUAUGGGCGCAGCUGGAAGGAAAUCAUUCAGACGCCGGCUGAUGGUCAGCAGUAUCCCGCAGGCUGCAUGUUCGAGGUUGCUGCGGGGGGAGGCUGUGCGCUGCUCUUCAACCCGACUGGCCAGGCAACAAAAUGCCCGGACGGCAGCACCUGCAACGUCCUCUGCCACAGCAAUAGCUCCGCCGAGAAUUGCCUAGAAGUUGGAACUCCCUGCGACCCGAAGAACAACACGUGCUGCAAGGACCCGGUGGGCGUUCCCAUGCAGUGCGUCUCCAUGGGUGGCACACCUGUCUGCAUCUCGGGCAGCGCGAGCCAGGAUAGCAUUGUCGUCUGA